AUGAAAUCCUCGUCACCUUCGGUGAUUAUCGUCGGCGCCGGGGCCGGGGGGAUCGCGACAGCCGCUCGUCUCGCCAAACGAGGAUAUCAGGUCACGGUGGUGGAGAAGAACGAGGUCGUGGGGGGGAGAUGCUCGCUGAUGGAGCAGGAUGGCUACCGCUUCGAUCGCGGCCCCUCCCUCCUGCUGAUGCCGGAAUACUUCGAAGAAGUCUUCUCCGACCUCGACACGACGCUCACGGCGGAGGGCGUCGAGCUCGUCAAAUGCGAGCCCAACUACCGCAUCUACUUCCCCGACGCGGUGACCCUCGACAUGUCCACCGACAUGGCCGCCAUGCAGCCCCUGAUUGAAUCCCACGAAGGCCGGUCGGGCUGGGAGCGGUUCCUACAGUUUCUGGUGGAGUCUGGCCGACAUUACCAACUCUCGCGCGACCACGUCCUGUACCGCAAUUUCCCGCACGCGUGGAGCAUCCUGCGUCCCGGGAUGGUGCGCAAUAUCUUGCGGUUGCAUCCGUUUGCGAGUGUCUACUCGCGCGCCGCUCGGUACGUGCAGUCGACGCGGCUGCGGCAGGCGCUCACCUUCGCCAGCAUGUAUCUGGGGAUGAACCCCUUCGAGGCACCGGGGACCUACUCGCUGCUGCAGUAUACCGAGUUGGUGCAUGGGAUUUGGUAUCCCCGGGGGGGGUUUCGACGGGUGCUCGACGCCCUCUGCAACGUCUCCCAACGCCACGGGGCCACCUAUCGCCUCUCAACCCCCGUCGACCACAUCACGCUCUCCCCUGACGGCCGCCGCGCGACGGGCGUCCAGCUCGCGAGCGGCGAAUCCCUCUGCGCCGACCUCGUCAUCGUCAACGCCGACCUCGUCUACGCCUACAACCACCUCCUCCCGCCCACGCCGUACGCGACCUCGCUCACCCGGCGAGAGACCUCCUGCAGCAGCAUCAGCUUCUUCUGGUCCUUCGACACGACCCUGCCCGGGCUGCACAGCCACAACGUCUUCCUCGCCGCGGAAUACAAGGAAAGCUUCGACGCGAUCUUCCAACGCCACCACAUCCCGGAGGAGCCGAGCUUCUACGUCCACCUCCCCAGCCGGGUGGAUCCCAGCGCCGCCCCCGCCGGUAAGGACGCGGUGGUGGUGCUCGUCCCGGUCGGGAAUCUUGGGGGGGAGAAUGCUGCUCGUAAGUCCCAGGAGGAGUACUGGAAUGCGAUGGUCGACACCGUCCGGGCGGUGGUGCUCGCCACGAUCGAGCAGCGGACGGGGGUGACGGGCCUCCGGGCGCAUUUGGUGGCCGAGCAGUGCGAGACCCCGCUGAGUUGGCAGCAGAAGUACAAUCUCGAUCGCGGGGCGAUACUGGGGCUCUCGCAUUCGUUCUUUAAUGUUUUGGGAUUCCGACCCAAGGUCCGACAUCCGGGGAUUCGCGGCUUGUUCUUCGUGGGGGCGAGUACGCAUCCCGGGACGGGGGUGCCGGUCUGUUUGGCGGGGAGUCGGAUUGUGUGUCAGGAGGUGAUGAGGGAUGGGAGGAGAGAUGGGAGGCACUGGGGGGUGAGUUGGUGGGGGGCGAUGGGGUUGGUGGUUAUGUUGAUGCUGGUGGGAUGCGUCUGGCCGGUGGAUAUACGGUGGUUUUAG